AUUUCCUAUACUGAUCCAUUGCCAGCGUCUCUGCACGGCACGGGACGCCCCGUCUGGCCUCAGCUUCAUCUGCCCGGGCUUGGUAAACAGCAGCGGAUUCUGCACACACGGUACCCGGGUGAAUGAGAGACAGUCUAGCAGGUCGGUCGGCACCCACUAGACCUCUGCAAGGCGCUUUGCCCCGCAGAAAAGAAACGGUACAAGUCACUGACAGACAUGGCUUUGAAGAUUGUCAAAGGGAGCAUCGAUCGGAUGUUCGAUAAAAAUCUUCAGGAUUUAGUACGUGGCAUUAGGAAUCACAAGGAAGAUGAGGCCAAGUACAUCUCCACAUGCAUCGAUGAGAUCAAACAGGAGCUCAAGCAGGACAACAUCGCUGUCAAAGCCAAUGCCGUGUGCAAGCUCACUUACCUUCAGAUGCUGGGCUAUGAUGUCAGCUGGGCUGCUUUCAACAUCGUUGAAGUCAUGAGCUCCUCUAAGUUCACAUACAAGAGGAUUGGCUACCUGGCAGCUUCACAGUGCUUUCACGAGAGCACUGAUGUCAUCAUGCUGACAACUAAUCAGAUCCGAAAGGAUCUCAGCAGUCCCAACCAGUAUGACACAGGUGUUGCCCUCACUGGCCUCUCCUGUUUUGUGACCCCCGACCUGGCUCGGGACCUGGCCAAUGACAUCAUGACACUGAUGUCCCACACUAAACCCUACAUCAGAAAGAAAGCGGUGUUGAUUAUGUACAAGGUGUUUCUCAAGUACCCAGAGUCCCUGCGCCCUGCUUUUCCCAGGCUUAAGGAGAAACUGGAGGAUCCAGACCCAGGCGUCCAAUCAGCAGCUGUAAAUGUUAUCUGUGAGCUGGCCCGGAGAAAUCCCAAGAACUACCUUUCUCUGGCCCCGCUCUUCUUCAAACUCAUGACCUCUUCUACUAAUAACUGGGUUCUCAUUAAGAUCAUCAAGCUGUUUGGUGCCCUCACACCACUCGAGCCACGACUGGGGAAGAAGCUGAUCGAACCUCUGACAAACCUAAUCCACAGUACCUCUGCCAUGUCUCUGCUGUAUGAAUGUGUCAACACUGUGAUUGCAGUGUUGAUUUCUUUGUCCUCUGGGAUGCCUAACCACAGUGCUAGUAUCCAGCUCUGUGUGCAGAAACUGCGAAUCCUGAUAGAAGACUCGGACCAGAACUUGAAGUACCUGGGCCUGCUGGCCAUGUCAAAGAUCCUGAAGACCCACCCCAAGUCAGUGCAGUCCCAUAAGGACCUCAUCCUCCAGUGUCUGGACGACAAGGAUGAGUCCAUCCGCCUUAGAGCUCUGGACCUCCUCUAUGGCAUGGUAUCCAAAAAGAACUUGAUGGAGAUUGUAAAGAAGCUGAUGCUGCAUGUGGACAAAGCAGAAGGGACCACCUACAGAGAUGAACUCCUCACCAAGAUCAUCGACAUCUGCAGCCAGAGCAACUACCAGUACAUCACCAACUUUGAAUGGUACAUCAGUAUCCUGGUGGAGCUGACCCGAUUAGAGGGCACGCGGCAUGGCCAUCUCAUCGCCUCUCAGAUGUUGGAUGUUGCUAUACGGGUCAAAGCCAUCCGGGCCUUUGCUGUUGCCCAGAUGGCCACUCUGCUGGACAACGCCCACCUGCUGACUGGCAACAUGCAGCGAAACGGGAUCUGUGAAGUGUUGUACGCCGCAGCCUGGAUCUGUGGCGAGUUCUCGGAACACCUGGAGAACCCAAUGCAGACGCUGGAGGCCAUGCUACGGCCGAAGGUGGCCACCUUACCAGGCCACAUACAAGCAGUGUAUGUGCAGAAUGCAGCCAAGCUGUUUGCCACCGUGCUGAAGAGCCAGGAGGGGAACACGGACAGCACAGCCGCACAGGAAACCAGCCAGCUGAUGAUAGACAGGCUACCGCUGUUUGUACAGAGCGCAAACCUGGAGGUGCAGGAGAGGGCGUCUUGCAUCCUGCAGCUUGUCAAGUACAUCCAGAAAUUGCAGCAGAAGGAUGUAGAAGUAGCAGAGGAAGUCACUGCUCUUUUUGCUGGAGAGCUCAACCCUGUAGCCCCCAAGGCACAGAAGAAAGUGCCUGUUCCUGAAGGUUUGGACCUGGAUGCCUGGAUCAACGAGCCUCCAUCGGAGAGCGAGUCUGAGGAUGAGCAGCCCAAGGCUAUUUUUGCCAAGGAGGAGCCGAAACACUCCCGCCCCCGUCACACAGAGGUGGAUGAGAAGGAGCUGGCAAGGAGGAGAGAAGCCAGAAAGCAGGAGCAAGCCAACAACCCUUUCUACAUCAAGGCCUCCCCAUCCUCUCAGAAGGUUUACCAGGACACCCCUGGAGUGGAGCACAUCCCAGUCGUGCAGAUUGACCUCAGCGUGCCUCUCAAAGUCCCAGGUCUGCCUAUGUCUGACCAGUACGUCAAGCUGGAGGAGGAGCGCCGGCAGAAAGAGAGAGCAGAGAAGAAGAAGAAGGAGAAGAAGAAGAGGAAAGAAAAGCGCAGUGGACGAGGAAAGAAACAUGAUUCGGGCCCGGAGAGUGAGGAGGACAUCACGCCUGCUCACAUGGUCGACAUAGUUACCGAGGAGAUGCCAGAGAAUGCCUUACCCAGUGAUGACGAUGACAAAGACCCCAAUGACCCUCACAAAGCCCUGGACAUCGACCUGGACAAGCCUCUUGCAGACAGUGAGAAGCUACCAGUCAGGUCACACCGUGCAGUAGAGGCUCCAAAAAGCCCAGCAGAAGAUGGAGAUGCAGAGAGCGCUGCCACACAGGAGCCCAAGAAGAAGAGUGGCAAAGAAAAGAGGGAGAAGAAGAAGGAUAAAGACAGGGAUAGGAAGAAGAGCAAAGAAGAGAAGAAGAAGAAAAAACACAAACAUGAAGAAAAGGAGGAAGAUCUUCUCGGGGGUCAGGCAGAUGAGCCUGUGAUCCAAUCGGAAGAAACCAGUGAGGUGGCAGCUCCGCCUACUGCCACCAGCGCUGAGGUUUCGGAUCUGGAUUUCUGGCUGUCAAACGCUCCAGUGCUCUCUAACACCCAGGAAGCAGUAACAGUAUCAGAGGCAUCCCCUGUGCCAGAGGCAGCCUCGGGCACUGUGCCAGACUCAGAGCCUGAUGAGCCCAAAGACACCGAAAUGGAGGAGACUAAGUCCUCAAAACACAAGAAGAAGAAGCAGAAAAAGGAGAAGGAGGAGAAGGAGAAGAAAAAGAAAAAGAAGCAUCACCACCAUCAUCACCACAGUGACGGAGGUGGAGAGGAAUCAGUGCAGAAUGGCACUGUGGAGGAGGAAGAGCCUCUGCCGCCCAUGUCCAAUUACUGCCUGCUGGCUGAGAACUCCUACAUCAAGAUGAUGAUGGAAGAUGCUGAUCAGGUGUAUGACAUCCAGGGGAACCUGCAGGAUGGCAGUCAGGUUGUGGUGUCUGUUAUAUUUGAAAACAAGUGUGACAGCUUCCUCAAAUCCAUGGAGUUCAACGUCCUGGACUCUCUGAACUCCAAGCUGCAGAGGCCAGAGGGCUCAGGUCCACAUGAUGGCCUCACCGUCCCCUUCCAACUUCCACCAGGGGUGUCCAAUGAGGCGCGAUUUGUCUUCACUGUGCAGAGCAUUGUGAUGCCACAGAAACUGAAGGGAACACUCACCUUCAUAGUCAAGAGUGAGGACUCCUCCACUCAUGAGAAACUGGACUUCAAACUGCACUUUACCUGCACCUCCUACCUAAUCACUACUCCUUGCUACAGUGAUGCGUUUGCAAAACUGCUGGAGUCAGGGGACCUGAAAUGCAGCUCUGUCAGACUGGAGGGAGUCAUCAUGCCCUUCCACCACCUACUGGCCAGGAUCUGCUUCCAUCACCACUUCUCUGUUGUGGAGAGGAUCGACUCCUGUGCCUCCAUGUACAGCAGGUCUAUCCAGGGUCACCACGUCUGUCUGCUGGUCAAAACUUCUGGUCAGACAGUGUCCAUUGACGCUAAAUGUGACGAGCCGACGCUGCUUGGGAAUGUGCUGGAUGAGAUCAAGCAGACCUUCUCUCAGUGCUGAUUGUGUCUGACAGCCCCAGGGUGCCCCCAACCCAACCACAUCGCCCCCCCUCCCUCGCUGAAACACAACAUAAUCAUGUUACAAAACACUGCAGCUGGCACUUCCAAUGUCGCCCUAUUUAUUAGUCCGGAGAUUUUCAAGACUUCUUUCCCUUUUACCUUUUACUUCAGUGUCCCACACUCUGUUGUUCCUCUGCACUCUGAGCUCUGUGGUCCCUCCCCGACAAUUUGAUGUUGUUUCACAGACUCACUGUGUACAUGCUCCUUCUUCCCUGCAAUGCAUUUUCAUUUUUACUUCCUGUUUUUCCACCCCUAACAGCCACCCUCCCCCUAUUCUGACACUGUACUGAGCUCCCGUUUCUGGAUGCCCCGAAUCCUCUGUUCUUUCCUGUGCACCUUUCUGCCCUCCAGUCUGUCGGCAGUUCAGUCUAUAACAGUCAUGUAAUGUAAUAUAAUGUUGACAACUGGACUUUUGCUGUUGAUGGUUAAAUUUUGUUUUUACUGUUUUGAAUUUUGUUUUUUGUUUUUUGUUUUUUUCUUUUUUUUGGUCUUUGGUUUGUUUUUGUUUCUUUCUUUCUUUAUUUAUUUUUUUUGUCUAAAGCCUGUCUGCGCCUUUGUCUCGCCCCCUUCUUUCUGCUCACUAAAGUUACAUGUGCAUGGAAAAACCAUGUGACUGACUCUUUCUCUGGAGAAAUGGGGACUCUAACCUGCUCACCCACCUCUGACAAGGUGCCUAGAGGAAACCAGACACUGGGUGACUGCAGUGAGGAUAGUGCAGAGAUGAAACCAAAGCUACAUAUAAGGCAUGGGUCUCUAACUAGUGUCAGAGCUGUUGCCCUACUUGGCUCAGAGCAGAUCUGCUGGUGUUAGUUUAACAGAAUCCUUGUGUGGCACUACAGACGACUUGUACAGUAGAUCGGUGGUUUGCUCUGUGCCUUAGCCGUGCAGUCUGACCCACUCCAGCGCUUCAUGAGUCUCACAGAGCCCCACCUCCCUCCCCAGUAUAUUUGCUCUCGGAUCCAACUGUGCUAACACCCUGAAUCACCAUAUUUCAGCACAGGACAGAUUGCUGUCAGGCAGAUGACACCUUUCCCAGCCUCCUCUUCAACUCACGGCUGUAGUUGUUAGUUGUAUAGAAAAUGUUAUAUUGUUGUAAUUAUUCAGAAGCAUACUGUUAUUCUUACGAAGCCGCUAUGGUGCUGACAGUCCAUACACACGUUGUCAAAUUAGUGACAGAAUAAUCUGGCAUGAACAGAGCUGCUCAUGUUACGUCACUGUCCUGCCUCCUUUCUGUGAAAAAGUCAAAGUAUGACUAGGUAAAGCACGACAUAGUUACACUAUCAACCUUUCUCCACUUUUAAAACCAGCUGAUCUGCUUAUCGGGUUGCUGAAGUUGUUCUCUCCAUAAGCAGAGACUGAAUUGGACAGUGGUUUUAGGUUCCCUCGCGGUCAGUAUUGGGAAACAUAGCUUCCACGUUCUUACAACCACAGAACAGAGUUUUGUCUGUCUUCAUGUGAAAUCAAGUGAAACAUUUGCGCCUGUGCCACUUUGACAUUUGCAUCACAGUAGCUGCACCCAGGCUGGCUGACACCCAGCUGGUGUGCACCCAGAUAAAUCCCCAGUAUUUCUUUUCCCUUCAGAAACUGCCUUGCCCACUUUUUUUUGUUUUUUUUGUUGUUGUUGUUGUUGUUUUUUGUGUUUGUUUGUUUUUUGUUUGUUUGUUUUUUUUGUGCAUUGACAUGUUACGGUGAACAAGAAAGGCCAUUUUUAAAAAGAAAUAGUCUCCUCUUAGAACUCUCUCAGAGACAUUGGUGUUUCAUGUCACUACCCGGUCCAGCACAACUUAACCUAGUAGUAGCAAGAUAAAAACUGACUCGGUAGCGUCUCUGUUCAUAUAUACUGAUAAGGCCCCUUCACAUCUGUCUUCUGUUGUAGAUAACAAUUAUUAUGAUAAUGAUGUCUGUGGCCUGAAGGUCAGUUCAGCCAUUCUAUGAGAUCUUCUGUCCAGUAGUAGAGUCUGAAUACAGAGGUGAUCAGCUGUAUAUCAAGAAUGUCAAUAGGAAAUGAAUAUGUAUGUAUUCCUUGUUUCUGAAAAUGACUGAUAUCACUGAAACUGAAAAAACAACGCCCCUAAUCAUACAUUAUCCUAAUUCUGAUCAUUUUUCCUCUGCAUAAUAUUUGAUUAAAAUUUGUAUAUUGCAUGAUUAGGAAUGUAAACUUUUUAUUUCCCUUUUUUUCUGUUCCAUGGACGUGCUUACACGAACAAAAACCUGUCAUUCCAUCUUGUCCUUUUUCUUUAUAGUCUUUUUUUUUUUUUUUUUUUUUUUAACAUAUAAAGUUUACUUGGCCAUUCUCUGUUUUUGAUGGUGUGUUUUUAUCUAUUCUAAGAUCAGACAAUUUUAAAAAAGUGAUAUUGUUGAAUGUUUUAAAUUAUUAAACACAAGGGGAAGGAAGGGGGUGCUACUUGCUGUCAUGACACACAGGGCAUGGGGCUCCGAAUAAUAAGUUGAAUAGAGCGGGUCCCAUGAAGCAGUGUACUGAGAAGCAGCCCACUCUGUCUUAAUUCUCUGUUGGUUCAGUUGUAGUGAGUUAUUUUACCAAGUUUGGCUUGUAAAAUUGAAAUAUGCUCCUAUAUGACUGAUUUUUGAAGGUCCUGUCUUUUUAUUUCUCCAUACUCAAUUCUCCAGCUGUAUACUGUUAUAUGUUUUAAAGGGGGCAACGUAAAUUAUCAAACUUCCCUUUAAAGAAAGUCCACCCAAAUUAAAAAUAAAGGCUGUAAGAAGG